AUGGCCGAUACAAUAGAAGAUGACAGAGACGGCCUCGCGAGCAGCGCAGGGCUCACACUACAAGCUACAACGAGCUGGCUAACCUCUGUGGACUAUCCCAAGCGCCUCAAGUCAGCGCUCUGGUACGCCGUCGGGCAAAUCGUCGACGAGGAGUGCCUGCGGCGCAACCGCAACGCGACACCGCAAUUCAUUGGCGCUUUAACCGAGCUCGUCUGGACUCAAAUCGUUCAAAGAGAGAUUGUAUGUGUACUGACGAGUGGCUGGCUGGUCAUUGCAGAAAACGUCGCCGUCGACCUCGAGUCGUUUGCCAACCACGCCGGCCGCAGCGUCGUCACCACAGAGGACGUGCUGCUGCUGGCGCGCAAGAACCCGGACUUGCAGCAGCUCAUGCAGGAGUAUAUUGACGAGCAAAAGGCGGCGCGCGGACGCAGGCCGGCGGCGGCGUCGGCGUCGGGCGGGAGAGGAGGGAGAGGCGCGCGCGGAGGUCGCGGAGGGGCCAGGGGCGGUGCGACGAGGAUAUCGGAGCGGUGA